GGGGCGGGGCGGGACAGCCCUAUAAUGGCGGCCGGGCGGCGGCGGCGGCCUGGCGGUGGUUCUGAGUACUUAGGACAUUGGAAAUCAUUGAAAGCUUCCUACUAAUAACAAACUGUUAUGUGGUCCUUAUUGCCUGAUUUACUGACAUACAGAGAAUCACAUUUAUCCCUGGCAGUUUUACGAACUAUUCUAGUUCUGAUUUACUAGCUGUGAUUUUAUUUGUGUGUGUUUCAUUCUGUUUGAUAAUUGUCUAGACAAGCUUUUUUUUUUUUUUCUGUCUCUGGUCAGUGACCCAUUUUGUUUAUGUGAAGGUGGUACUGGUGUGUUUUGGUUAGUGAUCUUGCAGGGAAGGGUGUGCAAGAAGGGUCAUAAAUUUGUAGCAGUGUUUGGUGUUUGUGGCUUGUUUUUUUUAAAUUAUCUAUGUCUCUUGUUUUACUUAUGGAGCAGUAUCUUGAAAACUAAUAGUAACACUAAAAAAUAAAUUGGAAGCAAUGUGAAGCAUCCUCCUAUCUUAGUAUCAGUAAAAGAAUUUCAUGAUUAAAUUUACACCAGAAACAUUUACUUCUGCAGUCACUUAUGUAAAAGAUAGUGUUAAUUAAAUCUGUUACUGCUCAAGCACAGGCUUCAACUAGUACCUGUUCUCUGCAAUCCCAGAUGUGGAUGGAGAGCGUGAGACCCUAUUGUUAUUCCCACAGAUAUUCACAGAAGACACUGAGAGAAAGGAGCAGGAGCGUACGCAAUAGUCCUGUCUCGCCACAGUACAAAUCUAGGUUUGAAUUGUUGCCACCUUGCAAACUGGGCUGUAUAUGAAACUUAAUAGUCCCGCUAAAAUGGUGUAAUUUCACUUUUAACUGGUCUAUGGCAACAGAUAUUCUAGAACUGACAUUCCAGAAUGGCUUCUAGAAUGUUGUAGCAGUCAAAUGCAGCAAUGCCCGGAGGCACGGCCCUGUUAGUUGCAGGGGUUGGGUAGACCCAGUCCUGACCCACCAAGCCAUAUGGGGGAAAAUACAGCCCAGUUCUUGUUCCUAAGUUUUAGUUCUGUGGGUUUUUCCCCCUUCCCCAGAACCCUUGAUCUUGAAGAUGGUGAGUAGCCAGCCUAAGUACGAUCUAAUACGGGAGGUUGGUCGUGGCAGUUAUGGUGUGGUGUACGAAGCAGUCGUCAGGAAGACCUCUGCACGGGUUGCGGUGAAAAAGAUUCGGUGCCAUGCUCCAGAGAACGUGGAACUAGCUCUGCGUGAGUUCUGGGCACUUAGCAGUAUCAAGAGCCAGCAUCCCAACGUCAUUCACCUGGAGGAGUGCAUCUUGCAGAAAGACGGUAUGGUGCAGAAGAUGUCCCAUGGCUCCAGUUCCUCCCUUUAUUUACAGCUCGUAGAGACCUCAUUAAAAGGAGAAAUAGUCUUUGACCCCAGAAGUGCUUAUUACCUGUGGUUUGUAAUGGAUUUCUGUGAUGGAGGAGACAUGAAUGAGUACCUCUUAUCCCGAAAGCCAAACCGCAAGACCAACACAAGUUUCAUGCUUCAGCUCAGCAGCGCACUGGCAUUCCUGCACAAAAAUCAGAUUAUUCAUCGGGAUCUCAAACCUGACAAUAUUCUAAUAUCUCAGAGCAGGAUGGAUGCUAGUGACUUAGAGCCUACCCUGAAAGUAGCCGAUUUUGGACUGAGUAAGGUGUGUUCGGCCUCGGGACAGAAUCCUGAGGAACCAGUCAAUGUAAAUAAGUGUUUUCUAUCAACUGCAUGUGGGACUGACUUCUACAUGGCCCCUGAAGUCUGGGAAGGACACUACACUGCCAAAGCAGAUAUCUUUGCCUUAGGGAUUAUAAUCUGGGCGAUGUUGGAAAGAAUCACAUUCAUAGAUACGGAAACAAAGAAAGAACUUCUAGGGAGUUACGUUAAGCAGGGGACGACGAUCGUGCCUGUUGGAGAGGCACUUCUAGAAAACCCCAAAAUGGAACUGCUCAUCCCUGUAAAGAAAAAAUCCAUGAAUGCUCGAAUGAAACAGCUGCUGAAGGAAAUGCUGGCUGCCAACCCACAGGACCGACCCGAUGCUUUUGAGCUGGAGCUGCGGUUAGUCAACAUAGCUUUUAAAGAUAGCAGCUGGGAAACGUGACCUCCCGCAUUGAGUCUCUGCUUCUCACCUACCUGAUGGUGCGGCUGAAGGGCAAUAAAAGAUAGGGGCCUGAACUCAAACCUGCAGGGUGUAGUUUCUACCAAAUGAAUCUCUUUUUGAGUUUCAGACAUGACAUGAGUGGCAGCUGGCCAUUGCGUUAACGAUCUGAUGUCAUGUGUAUAAUACUGGGAUGUUAGAUGGAAGUGUAAGAUGUGCCCAUGUCCCUUCGUGCCCACUGGCAGCGGGACGUCUGAAGACCUGGGACUUGAUUUCUGAUGCCGUGUUGUGGAAUAUUUUGUACAUUCCAGUUUCCUAUGUCAAUAUUAGGAACUUGCAUGGAAAAACAGAGGUUUGCAUGCUGGUAGUGCAAAUCUUCAGGCUUUAUAAAGUAACUCUGUGUAUAUAUUUAUGUAUCUGAGUGACUGGGAGCGUGUGCCGCUGUUCUUAAAUUAUUUGCUAUGGGUCUGAUUGAUUAGAGUCUGCUGGAAAACUAGGUGAAGGAGAUGGAUGGGAAGCAUUCCAUCUUCUCCAGGCCUGAAGAACUUUAUUAUUUAUUUAUUUUUGUUAUGUCAAAGAUAGGGUCUGAGACUUGACUUCGUAGACAGAAAAAUAAAUGCAAUGCAAGGACAUCAGCAGUGGUUUAAGUGCUGACAGGGCACUUAGAGCUUAAUGAGGUCGUCACCGAGGGAGUAAAAUCUUAUGCAGUCGGGUGCAAGCAGGUUAGCUGGUUCAUUAAUUGUUCACUUUUGCUUUCUUCUGCUAAUCAAGUACUUCAGUCUACAGUUUCAUAUCAUGCCUUCUCUCAUGUCUGUAAUCCCAGUAGCACCUGGAAGAUUUAUAACAGCGGAGUCCUAUGGGCUUCCUUUAUGAGAGUGGGGAGGAGAGAAUCUGGCAGCACAUAGUGUUACUUUUAAGAUUUGUCAAAAUACAGAGGCAGCAUAAUUUUCCUGUUUACAGACUGUAACUAGUAGCACUGGUCUUGGGCUCUUGAUUUCUGUCUCUGCCUCUAACAUGGCAGUGAUAAGGAGGUAGAGGAGUGGCUGUUUGUCUUGGAGACCACACCUGUGCUCAGAUAUGGGAGAAAACUUACUGAUGUGUUUAAAAAACAACAACCACCAAACCAAAACAAAAAAAAAAACAACCCCCAAAAAAGCCACAAACAAACAUCCAAAAAGCCACAAACAAACAUCCAAAAAGCAACAUUGCCAAUAUGUGGAAACUUAUCAGUGUGUGAUAAGUUUCUCUGACUUGUGUGGCAACCUUGGCCAAUUUUCUAACUUGUUUUCCUCCUCUUAAAGAAGUAUUAUUUAUUUAAAAGCAGGGAUGGUAGGAUGGAAAGCUUUGAAGUAGCUGAAGGACUGCUUGUCCUCAGCUUUUAUGCCACAGAAGCAGAUUGAGAAGAUGAUAGGGAAGGGUUAUGCUGAGAAGGGUUUUGCCAAGGCCACCUGAUGCUCUUUGGCAGACAGAAGCUGCUUUGUAAUAGCACAGCACUGUCUUUUGGGUACCAGGACCAUGACCCAUCUCAUCAGUUUGGCCUUUUGGAAAAAGCAGAGCCUUAAAUUGCCUUUGAAGCUGCAACAAAGGCCAGCUUUCUUAAUAAAAUUAAUGUAAUGGUUUCCCCCC